AUGGCAAAGUCACAAGUUAAGGACAGCAAGAAGUCCUCCAAGAAGGAUUCCAAGGAGACUCUAUCCACCGUCAAGACUGGCGGAGUCACCAAGCCUGCUGAGACCCCAAAGUCUAAGGCUAAGGAGAUGGCCAAGAAGGCUGCCCCAGUCGCCGUGAAGAAGGAGGAUAAGAAGAAGAAGAAGAAGGUCGAGGAGAGCGACAGCUCUGACUCUUCCGACUCUGAUUCUGAUAGUGGAAGUGAUAGCUCCGACUCCGAAUCGGAGGAAGAGGCCAAAACUCCCAUCAAGACCAACGGUGUCGCUAAGAUUGUCGGAAAGAAGGAGGAGUCUGACUCCGAUUCCGAUUCCUCUGAUGACAGCGAAUCUGAGAAGGAAGUCAAAGCAAAGGAAACAAAGAAGGAAGAAUCCGAAUCCGAGGAUGACUCUGAUUCCGACUCCGACUCCGAAUCUGAAGCUGAAGAGAAGAAGGCUGCUCCAAAGGUCAAUGGUACCCCAGCCAAGGCCGAGGAAGACUCUGACUCUAGCGACUCAUCUGAUGAUGAUUCCAGCGAUGAAUCUUCUAAAAAAGCCGAGGUGAAGGCCAAGAAGGCUGACUCCUCUGACGAAGAUUCUGACUCGGAUGAUUCCUCUGAUAGCUCUGACGACGAGGAGGAGAAGAAGCCAGCUGUUCCGGAGCCAAAGAAGCGUAAGGCUGAAGAGGAAGCUCCUGCAUUUUCCAAGAAGGCGAAGGCCAAUGAAGACGGUAGCGAGGAGUCCAAGACUCUUUUCGUCGGUCAGCUCUCCUGGAAUGUUGAUGAGGAUUGGCUCCGCCGCGAAUUUGAGGAUGUCGCCACCGUCGAGAACGCCCGCGUCGUUUGGGACAACCAGAGGAACAGGUCAAAGGGUAUCGGAUAUGUUGAUUUUGCUACUCGUGCCGAUGCUGAGAAGGCACUCGCUGAGAAGCAAGGUGCUGAAAUUGACGGUCGUCCCAUCAACCUUGACUUCACCACCGCUCGACAAAAUAACAAUAACUCCCAAGACCGCGCUCGCAAAUUCGGCGACAGCGAAAGCCCACCAAGCGAUACCUUGUUCGUUGGUAACCUCAGCUUCAACGCUGAUGAGGAAGCACUCGGUGCCGCCAUGUCUGAACAUGGCGAGGUCACCAGUGUUAGAAUUCCAACUGACAAGGAUACCGGCAACAAGAAGGGUUUCGCUUAUGUCACCUUUUCCACCAUUGACGAGGCUAAGAAGGCACAUGCUGCUAUGAACGGACAGCAGGUCUGCGGCCGUUCCAUCCGUACUGACUACUCUCAACCCCGUGACAACAGCAACGGCGGCGGUGGCCGUGGUGGUGGUCGCGGUGGAUUCGGAGGCCGUGGCGGUGGUCGUGGAGGCUUUGGCGACCGUGGUGGCCGUGGAGGUGGCCGCGGUGGCUUCAAUGACCGUGGUGGUCGCGGCGGUGGCCGUGGUGGCCGUGGUGGAUUCGGUGGCCGUGGCGGUGGUACCAAUGCUAACAGGACUCCUGUCGGAACCGGUACUAAGGUCAAGUUCGAUGAAUAA